UAACCCAAACAGUGCGGACAUUACCCAAGGUUACAAUGGAGAGAGGUACACAAUUCCAGUUGUUUUGGAAACACUUACAAAUGUUAAAGAAAUUAAAGGCUCAGAGCUUUUCUCACUUCAGCCCCGAGGAAGCCGCCGAGGGGUUGAAAUCACAUGCAUUAAGUGAUGAGGUAACAGAAAAAGAGCAAGUAGAGGACAACAUCCACAGCACCUGUGACAGUGAUUGUAACAAUAUGUCAACACAGCAGUCUACAACCCAGACCAGGCCCCCAGUGGACUCUGGAAGAGAAAAAGGACCUGCACAAGACUGAUUACAUUACGUAAUCCCGAAGGACUGGUGUAUAUAGAGUAAUGCCGCAGACAAACAGCAGCAUGUUUCCUGUUUUCUGUGACAUGUCAGAGUCUUCUUGUGGGGGCUGGACUUUGAUACAGCAUCGCUUUGAUGGCUGCACAAGUUUCAAUCGCACCUGGGAUGAGUACAAGAAUGGAUUUGGUAAACUUAUAGGGGAGUUUUGGCUUGGCAACGACAAGAUUCACUUGCUGACAAAGGUGAAGAACAUGUCAUUGCGAACAGAAAUGGAAGACUUUGAGGGUAUCAGAGAACAAGCCCAUUAUGACCACUUCCAUGUGGCCAAUGAAAGCCAACAAUACCGCCUGUCAAUUGGGGGUUACUCUGGUACAGCUGGUAAUGCCAUGCAGUUUAGUAAGACAUACAAUCACGACCAGAAGCUCUUUACUACUCCGGACAGAGACAAUGACCAGUAUCCCUCUGGAAACUGCGGGGCCUAUUACAGCUCAGGCUGGUGGUUGGCAUGCAUGUCUGCUAACCUAAAUGGGAGAUAUUAUCAAUCAAAGUACAAAGGGGUACUUAAUGGGAUAUUUUGGGGUACAUGGCAUAACAUUACAAUGGAAUAUUACCCAACCAAUGCCAGACAAUCUUUUAAGACUGUUAAAAUUGAUUAGACCGAAGAACUACACUAUCUAAUACUUACCCACCAUUUCUAAAA